GCAUCAUACGUCCGACAACUAACUCUAAGUUUAAGUCACAAACUAAAAUAGUAAAAAUGGUCGCCGUAAAGUUCGUUGUAGUAAUAGCUAUUGCUAUAGUAUCACAGGUUCAAUGCGUGCCCUGCGGUUUUCCAAUCCCACCUCCAUGUGCUUCAGCUUCUCCUGCUAUAAGCCCGGCUCUUCUGAGUUUAUUACCGUUUUUAGCAUCCUCAGCACCAGGCCCGUGCGCUGCUCCAGCUCCACUUCCACUCCCACUACCUCUUCCAGCUCCAGCACCACUUCCACUCCCACUCCCGGCUCCAUGUGCUCCAGCCGCCCCAGCUAUUAGUCCAGCUCUCUUAAGCUUGUUGCCACUCUUGCUCGCACCACCUGCUCCAGCACCACUUCCCCUCCCUCUCCCUCUUCCAGCUCCAGCACCUCUCCCACUCCCACUCCCAGCUCCAUGUGCUCCAGCUCUUAGCCCAGCCCUUCUGAGCCUAUUACCGCUUUUGGCCGCUUCAGCACCAGGUCCAUGCGCUGCUCCAGCCCCACUUCCUCUCCCUCUCCCAGCUCCAGCACCUCUCCCACUCCCACUCCCGGCUCCAUGUGCUCCAGCCGCCCCAGCUAUUAGCCCAGCUCUCCUGAGCUUGUUGCCACUCUUGCUCGCACCACCUGCUCCAGCUCCAUGCGCUGCUCCAGCACCACUUCCCCUCCCUCUCCUUCUCCCAGCUCCAGCACCUCUCCCACUCCCACUCCCGGCUCCAUGUGCUCCAGCUGCCCCAGCUAUUAGCCCAGCUCUCCUGAGCUUGUUGCCACUCUUGCUCGCACCACCUGCUCCAGCUCCAUGCGCUGCUCCAGCACCACUUCCCCUCCCUCUCCCCCUUCCAGCUCCAGCACCUCUCCCACUCCCACUCCCAGCUCCAUGUGCUCCAGCUCUUAGCCCAGCCCUUCUGAGCCUAUUACCGCUUUUGGCCGCUUCAGCACCAGGUCCAUGCGCUGCUCCAGCACCACUUCCUCUCCCUCUCCCAGCUCCAGCACUUCUCCCACUCCCAUUCCCGGCUCCAUGUGCUCCAGCCGCCCCAGCUAUUAGUCCAGCUCUCUUAAGCUUGUUACCACUCUUGCUGGCACCACCUGCUCCAGCUCCAUGCGCUGCUCCAGCACCACUUCCCCUACCUCUCCCUCUUCCAGCUCCAGCACCUCUUCCAUUCCCACUCCCAGCUCCAUGUGCUCCAGCUCUUAGCCCAGUCCUACUGAGCCUUUUACCGCUUUUGGCCGCUUCGGCACCAGCUCCAUGCGCUGCUCCCGCCCCACUUCCACUCCCUCUCCCUCUUGCAGCUCCUUGCUCUUCUCCAGCACCACUACCACUCCCACUACCAGCUCCGUUUGCUCCAUCUGCCCCAGCUAUUAGCCCAGCUCUUUUGAGCUUGUUGCCACUUUUGCUCGCACCACCAGCGCCAGUUCCAUGCGCUGCUCCUCUUCCAGCUCCAGCUUCACUACCACUUCCACUCCCAACUCCAUGUGCUCCAGCUCUUAGCCCAGCCCUUCUGAGCCUAUUACCGCUUUUGGCCGCUUCAGCACCAGGCCCAUGCGCUGCCCCAGCUCCACUCCCUCUGCCCCUUCCAGCACAAUGUGCACCGACUAUUAGCCCAGCCCUUUUGAGUCUACUGCCUCUAUUGCGCUCAAAAUCAGCUCCAUGUCUACCUCCAUUGCCACUCCCUCUUCCAACACCCUGUGUUGCCCCAUCCCGUCUUUCCUUAUUAAAACUGUUGCCACUCUUGUCAUCAGGAAUUAGGCCGUGCUCAGCUCCAGCACCAAUAUCCUUAUUAACAUCACUCUCAUGUAGUUGUUAG